GUCCCCAUGAUGUACGUCACCAUAUAAGUGGUUGUCACUGCGUGUGUUGUCUGUGAAAAGUAUCAAGUAAUAUAAAAUUAUCUGUGACUAGGGAAUACAUAUGCAUAAAUGAUUCCUAUGAUACUGAUGAAUAAUAUUUUUAUUGCGCUGCUUGCAUCGUGACGUACAGAAACAAUAGUUGGGUAAGGUUAGCAUUUUAAAAAUGGAGCACGAAGACAGUGAUACUGAUUUAGAUAUUUUAAAUAAUCUUAUAUCAAAUGAUACUGAGGAGACAGAGCAAUCUGAACAGUUUGAACAACCUGAACAGCUAAAGCAAUCUGAACAGCCAAAACCACCUGAAGCAAAGAGAACAUUAACAGAACUGCAGUUUAGUUUUUUAGAUUCUAUAGCUAAUAAUAUAGACAAUGAGGAUAAACCAGCCAAUGAAAAAGUCUCCAGUGAGAUUCAUGACGACAAGCUGGACUCCUCAGAUGAUGAAGACAGGCGUUAUUUCGAGGAGCAAAAAUAUUCCAACUAUGGACGUGAUGUAAAGCAGUUGUUGAAAGGACAUUUCAAACCUGAACAACCAGUAAAAUUAUCACUUGAUAAUAAUAAGACUUUUACAAAAAAAAAUUGUAACAAAACUUUUGACUUUAACAAUAUUAUAAAAAGCGACAAAAAUAAUAUUUUAAUAUCAAAAGACGUGUACAGCGAUCCCUUCUUUGGAAUAAGAAUUGUUAGUCCACUCGUAUCCUCCGCCGAAUUGAAAGAACGCAUGGAAGGCAAGAUAGCUGUAACAAUAUCCAGAAUAAAGAACCACAUCGUCUCCGACAAUGUGCACAACGACUGGGUGAUCGCCGGCGUGUUAAUCAGCAAAUCGGAUACGAAGACUUCGCAAAAGGGUUCCUCUUAUUGCAUCUGGAAAAUAAGCGAUUUGUCCGACGACUUGAAGACUGUGACUGUCUUCUUGUUCAGCAAUGCGUACAAACAAUUGUGGAAGACUAUCACCGGCAAUGUCAUAGGUAUCCUCAACCCGAAUGUACUCGAGAGUAAAGACAACGUCGAUCAGGCGACACUGUCGAUUGAUAAUCCCCAAAAAAUGAUGAUUCUCGGUCGGUCCAAGGACAUGGGUAAAUGCAAAUCGGUGAAGAAGAACGGGGAUGCGUGCACCGCAGUAGUGAAUACCAGCCGAUGCGAGUACUGCAUCUACCACGUCAAGCAAGAAUACAAGAAGUGUUCACGACGUGCAGACUUGCGGUCGAGCAAUACCGGAUAUGGCUUCACUGACGACACGUUGAAUCGUAUGAACAAGCAAAAUGUGCGGAAACCUUAUAACGGAAUGGCACCGUUUGUGCCGGUGUUGGCAAAACGCAAUGAGAAGCUGUAUGAGAAAGACCGCGCACGUCUGGAGUUGUUGGCCGGAGCGACUUCAGGUAAUAAUGAGAAGACCAAGAAGACGAAGGACGAACAGAAAACUAAGGUCAUCACCGACGUUAAGAAAAAAGGGGUGACCGUCGAGCUGACGAGCAAUCAAUCCAGAUUGGACCAUGAGCGACUCAACAAGUUGAGAGGCUGGCAGCCCACGAAACAAGUAAUGAUGCAGUCGACAACCAACGGGCCGGUUCUGUGUUCCAGCCCUUCAGUGCAACCGAAGGGGAGCAAUCUCACAGCCAGCAAACUUAAAACCAACCCGAUGGACAAAAAGAUCUCAUUAACCUCCUUGUCUUCGAACCCACGACUGGGAACAGGUUGUAAACAGGGUAUGAUAGAUUUCUCAGAGCCGACCAAGCAACAAGUUCGCUCUGCCAAGAUGAACGCGAUCAAGUGGGUGCAGCAGCACGGGAAGAUCACGGCGAAAAAUCCGAAUCAAGUGCGCGUGAGCUCGCAAGAAAAGCUAGAGAAGAGCGUAAAGCGUCAGCGAGAAAACGAUGAGCGAGAGGAACGGGACGCGAAGAGGGCGAAAGUAAACGACAAGUUCAAGGAGUUGUUGGCGGUCAAGUCCUCGCACACCGAUCUGAUUGAGAAGUCGUAUGAUGAGGAGAAGGAGAAGUACUUCGACAAGCUGGAGGCGAAGGAGCGGAUGGAGGAGAAGAUGAUGAACACCUUCAAGGUCAACUGCAAAGCCGUGACAUGCUUGACAUGUAAAUACACAGCGUUCUCGGCGUCGGACAUGUGCAAGGAGCAGCGGCAUCCGUUGCGCGUGGUCGACGCCGUUAAGAGGUUCUUCAAGUGCGCUGACUGCGGCAACAGAACCGUCAGUCUGUACCGUAUGCCGUCGCACACCUGCGGUAGGUGCAACGGCUCCAGCUGGGCCAGGGCGGCGAUGAUGGACGAGAAGCGGACCGUUAUCGCCGCGGCGACCCUCUCCAUACGCGGUGCCGAGGAGAAGUUCCUGGGCUCGGCGGUGAAGGACGACAGUCUCAAUCUCCUCGUCCCGGAUGCGGACUAGUGCAUCUUGUCAUUUGCUCAUGAGUAUUGCUGUCUCGCUCUUGAUGAGGAAUAUUUUUCUAUUGAGUUCCAAUGCUUUUUCUCAAGCACCUUAGAUAUAUGUAGACAAGUGCAAAAAUUUAGAGACUGCAGGACAUUCAGAAUUGACUACGAUGCGAAAUACGGUGCCUUUUUACUCUCGGUCUACCGCACGUGAACAUGUACGUGAUGUGUAUAUAAAGCGUUUGUAUAUAUAAAAUAUAUAAGGACUUAAAUGGCGCUAGAAUGUGCCAUCAAUGUCGAUGCCAGAAGAUAUCGUAUGAAUUGGUAAUAGAAUUGUUUUUAAUACUCAUUUGUAUAUGAUAAAUAUAGCGAUUCAAGAAUAACAGCGCACAUUGAACACGUCGUUUGCGAAUCAAUGCGAAGUCAAAUUAAUCGUCGUCGACUGAGAUCUUAUAAGAAUGAACUUUCUAACCGAUCAUGUGAGGCUGAUACUUAAUUUCUAUGUAUAUUUUAUAUAUCUUAGAAUCUAUAAACAAUCCUUUCAUUUAAUAUCCUUCUGUUUAUUGUCAGUAUUAUCAGUUUCUUUUUUCCUUUUUUUUUCUCUCCUUACUCUGUAUGAAAUGUACAAAUAUAAAGAAAUCCUAAGGGCGUACUUCUUUGCACAUUUCCGAAACGAAAUACACAUCGGAUUCUCUCUCUCUCUCUCUCUCUCUCUCUCCGUCCGAGAUUUAUACAGCGAGCAGAAACGUUCUGAUACAACCAGGUACAACAAUCGUAUAAAAAACACUAUGUCAUCUUCCAUCUCGACUAUGUUCUUCGCUAAAUCACGAUCAUUUGAGGUUUACGUUUAGGCUGAGGAGAGUCACUGUCUUCCUUGUGUAUCUCAGUUUGUCUUCGACAGGGCUUUUUUACUAUUCUCGUCACGAGCAAAACUGUUCCUCUCCCUGUUCACGAACGGAACACGAAUUGCCUGAAGGUAGACGUCGGUAAAGUUUCUAAAUAUGAAGAAUUGUGGUUGGGGUCCGGAAGCAUCGCGUUGACAUAAACCACCG